UAACGUGCCGAGUACAGGACCUUCUCUGGACUGCCAUCUGAAAUUCAAAUAGACUUGUCGAGGAGGCAUGGGUGAGCGGAGUCACGGGGGACCUUUCCGUACUCGGAAGCAGUAACGCAAGUAGGGGGAAAAAAUAAACAUAGCCAAGGAGGAGGAAACAGGCUGCUAAGUGCGCGCGACGUCUUUCGGUCAUGGAAGACGUUUUUGGAACACUUAAUUCUUGGGAUCGUUUCUGUUUGAAAAAUGAGGAGAGAAACUACGAAUUGGAAAAAUAAAUGAACACUGGAGAUAUCCGUGAAACUGUAGCCCCUUUGGCAAACAACUGCCACACCUUCAUCAUCAGUGUAACAGGUCCUCUACACAACUGACCAGAUGGGUUGCAGUUGCUGUAGGAUGAUAAAAAGUUACAUCUAUGACCCUUCAGUCCCUGUAGAUGUUUCUGGUCGUAAGCGGGACCCCACCAGCAGCUCUCUGUAUCAGUCUCACAGAUUCCCAGAGGAGGCAGACCACAUCCACAAAAAGCAGGGCUUCUGCAACCUGGGUUACAGCACCCACCCCAGCCCUACUAAACUUGAAAUUGAAAACAACCACAUAAACCGGCUCCAUGCUAAUAUUCCAGGUGAUCAGGUCAGGUCGAACCCAGCCGAGAGUGACCCCAGCUUCUACAUCCUGCAGCCUGAGGGUGAGGGGACGCCCAUAAAAGUCACCCCCAACUUGCGUGCUGUCCCACCUAUACACGACGAACCAAUGUUGGGCACGGAACCAGGCAAGCGAGAGGAGAGAUUUCGAGACUCUGGGCUGGGCGGAGGGGGGAUGACAGAGGAAGAGGAGGAGGACAGGAGGAGUAGAGUGGACAGUACUCCAGACACGGCCGAUGCAGUGAGUGUAUUGUCAGUGGAUAUGCACACAAGCAGCACUAGUCUCUCCUCAGUGGACAGCAAGCUUGAGGAUAGAGAUGAAAAAUCUCCUUCUAUAAUGACAGGACAGCAGGAGAGAGAGAAAGAGAUAGAUUGCCUAAACAUUACGGACUCGAUGGUGGCCGAGGCCCUGGCUGCCCUGGAUGCAGCAACUGCGGGAGAGGACUGUGAGUGAUAGAGCUGCUCCACCAAUCAGGUGAGAGAGGACGGCUCGUUCCUUAAUGGAGCUAUGGGAGAUUUCCAUACUCGUGCUCUCUCACCCUCCUCAUUUGAAUAUAGCCAAAAUAAUAGCUUUCAUAAAAGGAAGCUUCCCUACAGUCUUCCUGCAGGUGUUUUGUGACUGGAAAAUCUCUUCGAAUUAAGACUUGAAGACAGGAACUGCUGCUUGUUUACACAAGAGAAAUUGACUGUUUAAUAGGCUAAAGACUUGCUUGAGCAACUUAAGGUUAUCUGUGUAUGUUUUGUCCUGCAAUUCAGUGGCAUGAACAAACACUACUCUCGAAAGAAAUAGACCGAACUACUGUAGUCUCAACAGUCUCAACAGAUCAAUAUGCAGUUUCUUGUUUGUUAACACUGAAUACAUCAUCAAUACUUUCAUAGAGCUUUAGGAAGACAGUUGAUUUAUUUUUUACAUACAAAAGUACAGUAAGAAAUGUAAGGAGAUUGUGGAUAAAUCUCACCAAAACAUAAUUUGGGUAAUAUUUCACCCAAAAAUUAAAAGAAAGUAAAAAUACUUUUGUAUUGUUUAUUUUCAUAUAUAAUUAUUUUCAUGACAAUUUAGCACAUUUUGCACCCAAAUUCUCAUUACCGUAGUGCGUAAGGACAUUUGACUUUUCCUUGUGUUUCUUUUUUCUUUUUUUGUAAUUCUCAUUAUUGUCAGUGGUGAUUCACAUUAUAUUCUCAUUGCUGUUAUACAGUAAUUGUUUGCUGUAUUAUAAUACAAAAUUACUAUGAAACAAUGUUUUUAUUUUUAUUUUAAAAAAUACUAAGAUGAUUAUAUACACUUUUUUACAUUACAGUAGUAAGAAUUUCUGCUCAAUUUUGAGGGAAAAUGUGCUUAAUUGUCAUGAAAUGUCAUAAUGCAAAAACUCUUAAUGAUGCCAAAAAUAGACUUUAUAUAAUUUCAAUGCUAUUGUUUUUAUUAUUUAUUUAUUUUUUUUUUUGGUACAAUAUGACCAAAACAUGUUUUUUGACAUUGAUAAAUUCUCAUUACAGUAAUGCACCAGGACAUUUUACUUUGUAAAUGGGUUGUAAUUCUCAUUAUUCUCAAUAGUGAUUCACAUUAGAUUCUUAUUACUGUAGUACAGUAUUUUUUACUGUAUUGCAAUACAAAAUUAUAAUAUAUAAACUGUAAUUCGUUUUUUUUAUUAAAAUGAGCAUAAAGGCAGUACAUCAAAACUACUAUGAUAUGUAUAUAUAAGAUUUAAAUAAAAAUAUGUAUUUAAAAAUAAUAAUAUAUACAGUAAGAGUUUAAGAGGAAAUUUCUGUGCUGAAUUGUCAUAAAAUAUAAGAAUGCAAAAACUCUUGGUACAAAAGUGGUACCAGAAAUAGUCUUCUUAUAUUUUAGAUGUUAUUUCUUUUGAUUUUGGGGUAAAAUAUUACCCAGAUGUGUUUUGUGAGAUUCACUGUGGUAUAUUUAUGUUCCUUCCUGGUAUAAUUAUGCACUGUGUACCUUUACACAGUGCAAUCAGGCCAAUGAUGGUAGUUUAUGCACUAUGCACAGCGAUGUUAAUUCUGCUCUAAACUAAUCCAAGUUAACUAUCUGAGGCCUGAUGAAAAGGAACCCUACCACUAUCAAUAUGAAGGACUCUACAUCACAUGGAUUACAUUUCUCAUGCACACAUUUCUCUACUUUAGUGAAGAAAAAUUAGAUUUUCUCAGUAAAAUGAAUGUAACCCGCAUUUACCUGAAAUAAAAAAAAAUUUAUGGUACCUUUAUGAAGGUCAUUAUUUUUAUGGAGUAUUUCCAAAUGUUUUACUGAGGGUACGUAUUGCCUUUUAUAUGUUGGUCAAAAUCAUUUCUUUUAAACCUGUCAAUGAGUAAAAUAUACACUGAUUUUGCAUUUGAAACCAGUGCACAGUACUGUAACAUUACUGUCCAUUCUUUUGCCCUUGAAUUAACUGCCACAGAACACAGUUGAGAAUUGUCACAUGAACCAGGGGAAAAAUAAAAACAAUGUGCUUGAUUAUAAGACUUGCGCAAUCUGUUGACAUCUUGUGGAGAACGAUGCCACAGGGCCCUCUUAUAUAACUUAAUAUCUUCCUCUAAGGCUUACUGGACAAGAAGAUGUGUCACAAAAACAAUGACAUAUUAUGUUUGUGUGUGUAUGACAGUAUUGUGCU